AUGCAAUGUGUGUGGUCCGUCUCAUACUCCUUCCUCGUCAACGACUCGGUACACGGCAGGAUCAUUCCGUCUAGAGGAAUCCGACAAGGCGACCCCUUAUCACCAUACAUUUUCAUCCUGUGUGGUGAAGUACUCUCGGGGCUUUGUCGAAGAGCACAACGGAGUGGGCAUAUGUCAGGCCUUAGAGUGGCAACGCCGGCGCCUCGACUGAACCAUUUGCUAUUUGCAGAUGAUACAAUGUUCUUUUUGGACACUGAUGAGAGGAGCUGCGCUGCCUUGGUAGACAUUUUGCAUCAGUAUAGAGUGUCGUCUGGUCAGCUGAUAAAUGCGGCCAAGUCUUCUAUAUCCUUCUCGGCCAGGACCCCGCAGGCAAUACGGCAACGUGUUAAACAGUACCUUGGGAUUGAGCAGGAAGGAGGAGUAGGGAAGUACUUAGGACUACCGGAACAUUUCGGACGCCGCAAGAAAGACCUCUUCACAAACAUUGUAGAUCGCAUCAGACAAAAGGCGGUUAGCUGGGCUUCAAGGUUCUGGUGGGAUGCUGAGCCAGAUAAGAAGAAAAUGUGUUGGGUGGCAUGGGAAGUAAUCACAACACCAAAAGCAGCAGGGGGGCUAGGAGUACGCGACAUUCAAGCUUUCAACACAGCCCUACUCGCGAAACAGGCGUGGCGGAUCGUCUCUAAACCGGACUGUCUACUCUCCAAAAUCCUGCGUGCUAAAUACUGCAGCAAAGCGCCGUUCCUUCAGGUGGAAUCACCGAAAACAGCAUCUCACGGGUGGCGAGGGAUCCUAAAAGGACGAAACCUGUUACUGACUAAUCUGAGCAAAGUCAUAGGUGAUGGAGAGAGUACGAGGAUCUGGAAAGACCCGUGGCUCAGGAUGACGACACCGAUGAGACCUAUAGGACCGGUAUGUGAAGAGAACCAGGAUCUUGUGGUCGCGGACCUUCUCUGCCGAGGCAGCCGAGAGUGGAAUGUAACUAGAAUAGUAAGCCUCCUGCCACAGUACCUGCCUAACAUCAUGAGCAUUAAACCAAGUGUGCUGGGAGCUCCAGACUCCUUUGGUUGGUUAGCAUCAAAGUCGGGUAACUACACAGCUAAAUCGGGCUUCACCAGGCAGAUAUGGACAGCACACUGUUGGAAACUGAAUUUCAAUCCAUCAGACUGUGCAUCUUUCAGUGAAGCCUUCAUGGCCUCGACGAGACAGAUCAACCUCCCACCGCUGGGAGUGACAGGAAAUCUAUUCCCGUGGCUAUGCUGGGGAAUUUGGACGGCGCGAAACUAUCAUAUCUUCGAGAACAGAGCCUCUCUACCUGUGGACAUUACCUCGAGAUCAAUCAAGAACGCAAGGGAAUGGACGGAAGCCCAACUAAGCUCGCCCACGCCUCCACUUGGACAGAGCCAAAUGAAUAUUAUACCAGCAGGAACGACAGGUAUGAUCUUCUGCUGUUCUGAUGCUGCAUGGCAGGCGACGACAAACAGGGCAGAUUGUGGUUGGAUUUUCACAGAUCAUCAGGAUGAACGGUUACUACAGGGGACGGCAACCUUUGAUCACACAGUGUCCCCUCUAAUGGCGGAAGCCUUAGCUGUAAGAUCAGCGCUCCUCCAUGCCCUCGAAGCGGGGUACUCAAGAAUCUGCUUAAAAUCAGAUUGUCAAGCCCUCGUGGCUAUUAUCACCUCGACGUAUCACCCGACAGAGCUCUACGGAAUCACUCGGGACAUCGAGCAUCUAUCACUCUCCUUUGACUGCAUUGUGUUUACUUUUAUUCCUAGGAACCUUAAUGUUAUGGCUGAUUCACUUGCUAAAUCAGUCUUGUACUUGGCCACAGCCAACUAA